AUGCCUGUUGCCGAAGGUAACCCGCAGACUCUCUACGACAAGGUCCUGCAGGCCCACGUCGUGGAUGAGAAGCUGGACGGCACCAUCCUGCUGUACAUUGACAGACAUCUCGUGCACGAGGUCACCUCUCCUCAAGCAUUUGAGGGCCUGAAGAACGCCGGCCGCAAAGUGCGCCGACCGGAUUGCACUCUCGCGACCACCGACCACAAUGUUCCCACUUCCUCGCGGAAAGGCAUGAAGGACAUCGGCUCCUUCAUUGCCGAGGAGGACUCCCGAAUCCAGUGCAUGACCCUCGAGGAGAAUGUCAAGGACUUCGGCCUGACAUAUUUUGGCCUCGGCGACAAGCGACAGGGCAUUGUUCAUGUCAUUGGCCCCGAGCAAGGCUUCACCCUUCCCGGCACCACCGUUGUGUGUGGUGACAGUCACACCUCGACCCACGGUGCUUUCGGCGCCUUGGCCUUCGGCAUCGGCACCAGUGAGGUCGAGCACGUGCUGGCCACCCAGUGCUUGAUCACCAAGAGGAGCAAGAACAUGCGGAUACAGGUCGACGGAGAGCUGGCCCCCGGUGUCAGCUCCAAGGACGUUGUCCUGCACGCCAUUGGCAAGAUCGGCACCGCCGGCGGUACCGGUGCCGUUAUCGAGUUCUGCGGUUCCGUUAUCCGCAGCCUCAGCAUGGAGGCCCGCAUGUCCAUCUGCAACAUGUCUAUCGAGGGUGGCGCGAGAGCCGGCAUGGUCGCCCCCGACGACAUCACCUUCGAGUACCUCAAGAACCGCCCCCUCGCCCCCAAGUACAACUCGGACGAGUGGCAUCGCGCCGUGAAGUACUGGAAGUCUCUGCAGUCCGACGACGGCGCAAAGUACGACAUCGACGUCUUCAUCGACGCCAAGGACAUCGUCCCCACCGUCACCUGGGGUACUAGCCCUGAGGACGUCGUCCCCAUCACUGGCUGUGUCCCCGACCCCGAGACCUUCUCCACCGAGAACAAGAAGGCCGCCGGCCGCAGAAUGCUUGAGUACAUGGGCCUGACCCCCGGGACUCCCAUGGAGGACAUUGUCGUCGACAAGGUCUUCAUCGGCUCCUGCACAAAUUCCCGCAUCGAGGAUCUGCGCGCCGCCGCUCAAGUCGUCAAGGGCAAGAAGAUCGCCGCCAACAUCAAGCGCGCCAUGGUCGUCCCCGGAUCUGGUCUCAUCAAGACUCAGGCAGAGAAGGAGGGUUUGGACAAGAUCUUCGAGAGCGCUGGUUUCGAGUGGCGUGAGGCCGGCUGCAGUAUGUGCUUGGGUAUGAACCCUGAUAUCCUCGCUCCCAAAGAGAGAUGCGCGUCCACCAGCAACAGAAACUUCGAGGGUCGCCAGGGGGCCGGGUCCCGGACGCAUCUCAUGUCUCCCGUCAUGGCUGCCGCCGCCGGCAUUGUCGGCAAGCUCGCCGAUGUCAGGAAACUCCAGGGAUACAAGGCCAGUCCGCAUAUUGAGGCCGCCAUCACCCCCGCCGCCGAGCCCCAUGUCGACGAGCGGGUACUGGAGAGCGACUCGGAGAAGGACGCCAUUGCCGACCAGCCCCAGGACAGCGAGCCCCACACAAACACCUCCGUCUCAGCCGGUACCUCUGCCGGUCUCCCCAAGUUCACCAACCUGAAGGGCAUCGCUGCUCCUCUGGAGAUGUCCAACGUCGACACCGACGCCAUCAUCCCUAAACAGUUCCUCAAGACUAUUAAGCGCACUGGUCUGGGCAACGCCCUGUUCUUCGCCCUGCGGUUCAACGAGGACGGUUCCGAAAACCCCAACUUUGUCCUGAACAAGGAACCAUACCGCAACGCCAAGAUCCUUGUCGUCACCGGCCCCAACUUUGGCUGUGGCUCCUCAAGAGAACACGCCCCCUGGGCCUUGAACGACUUUGGCAUUCGCUGUGUCAUUGCGCCCUCGUACGCCGAUAUCUUCUUCAACAACACUUUCAAGAACGGCAUGCUGCCCAUCAUCAUCUCCGACAAGGAGAAGCUUGAGGCGAUUGCCGCCGUGGCGCGCUCCGGCAAGGAGGUCGAGGUCGACCUGCCCAACCAGGUCAUCAAGGACUCCGACGGCAACACCAUCUCCGACUUUGACGUAGAGGAGUUCCGGAAACACUGCCUCAUCAACGGCCUCGACGACAUUGGCCUGACCAUGCAGCAGAACGACAAGAUCACCGAGUACGAGCGCCGAAUGUCUCAGAUCACCCCCUGGCUCGACGGCACGGGCUACCUCAAGAGAGACCCCAAGACGGGCCGUCUCCUCGCCAAGGCUGUCCCCGUUCCCAAGACGAACCGGGGCGAGACCAAGACGGAGCCCCUCGAGUGGUAA